CUUCAUUCCAGAAUGCCAGUGUUCCUCUAUCUGUUUUUCUUGGUAUCUGGCCUUCAGGCUACAAUCCAUUGUGUGCUACAUAACAGCUCUGAAUACAAAGUAAAGACCUGCCAAUUGCCCCAACCAAAUGCCGCUCUCUAUAAGAUGCCAUUUAUCAACGCUGACUUUGCAUUCAGUUUAUAUCAGAGGCUCUCUGAGGAGAACCCACAUUGGAACGUCUUCUUCUCCCCUGUGAGCAUAUCUUCUGUGUUAGCCAUGCUUUCUUUUGGAUCUGGCUCUAGCACCCAAACUCAGAUUCUGGAGGUUAUGGGAUUUAACCUCACAGAUACUCCUGUGACAGAAUUACAGCAGGGCUUCCAGCAUUUAAUUUGUUCAUUAAAUUUCCCAAAAAGUGAACUAGAAUUGCAGAUGGGAAAUGCAGUUUUCAUGGGGCAGCAGCUGAAACCACUGGCAACGUUUUUGGAUGAUGUCAAGACUCUCUAUGAAACAGAAGUCUUUUCUACUGAUUUCUCCAAUGUUUCUGCAGCUCAGCAGGAAAUCAAUAGUUAUGUAGAGAAGCAAACCAAAGGGAAAAUUGUAGGCUUAAUUCAAGACCUCAAGCUGAAUGCUAUUAUGAUUCUGGUGAACUACAUUCACUUCAAAGCCCAGUGGGCAAAUCCUUUUCAUGUAUCUAAAACAGAAGAGAGUUCCAACUUCUCAGUGGACAAGAGCACCACAGUUCAAGUGCCCAUGAUGCAUCAGCUGGAACAAUACUAUCAUUUUGUGGGUGUCGAGCUGAAUUGUACAGUACUUCAAAUGGACUAUAGUGAGAAUGCCCUGGCACUUUUUGUCCUUCCAAAGGAAGGACACAUGGAGUGGGUGGAAGCAGCCAUGUCAACUAAAACACUGAAGAAGUGGAACCAUUUGCUGGAGAAAGGAUGGGUUGAAUUGUUUGUUCCAAAGUUUUCCAUUUCUGCCACAUAUGACCUUGGAAGCACACUUCAGAAGAUGGGCAUGAGGGAUGCCUUUGCUGAAAGUGCUGAUUUUUCUGGAAUCACAGAAGACAAUGGUUUAAAACUUUCCUAUGCUUUUCACAAGGCUGUGCUGCACAUUGGAGAAGAAGGAACCAAAGAAGAAACUAUUCCUGAAGCUGGCUUUCUGGAUCAGGCAGAAGUAGCUUCUCUUCAUCCUGUUAUUAGAUUUGAUAGAACAUUCUUACUGAUGAUUUUGGAGAAAGGAACCAAAAGCAUUCUCUUUUUAGGGAAAGUUGUUAAUCCAAAAAAAGAGUAA